GGUGAUCUUGAUGGAGAGAGUGGGAGGUCUUCAGAAAGGUCUGGCUAUGGUGGGCCUCGCGGUCCUUAUCGUGGUGGGCGUGGGGGACGCGGAGGUUUUGGUGAUGGGGAAGCUGGGGAAGAUGGGCAACCACGACGAGUCUAUGAACGUCACAGUGGGAGUGGAAGGCUUUGCAAGCACUUAAAACUGAGGAGAGAAAGGUGGAUACCAAAGUUUUUGAAUCCAUGCAGCAGCUUUCAAACAAGAAAGACAAUGAUAACAUCUUUAUUAAGCUGUCUGUCAGCAUCAACGAGUUUCUGAAGCCACCAGAGGGUGAAAGCUUCUAUAGCGCAGGUGGACGGGGACGAGGGCGCGGUCGAGGACGUGGUGCAAGAGGUGGUUAUGGUGGCUAUCCAAACGCUAACGUUCCAGCUCCAUCAAUUGAAGAUCCUGGGCAAUUCCCUACUUUGGGUGAGCAUUUCAGUACUAGAUUGUUUCUUUGUUUCUUCUCUCUCGUGGUGGAACAUUGUGUGGGAGGGGUGCUUAUCUAACCUUCAUUUCGUUGAACAAGGUGCACUCAAUCUGUUCUCGUAUUCGGAUGUUUUAUUCUCUUUUGGAUUUUCUUUCUAUUAUACUUUCUUUUGUUGUGGUGUGAAAUUGAUUUGAAGGAAUGUGCUCAGAUCGACAAAGAUAUUUUUAGACUAGGUCUGAUUUUGUUCAAAAUUCCUCCUGUAAUAGCAUAAAAUUGACAAAGAUUAUUACCCCAGCACAGGCUGAGUACA